AUGCUGCAUUCGUUCCCGCCAUCCUUUCACCAAGACCCGUUCCACUGCUCGAGCAGCCCGGACAGGCUCUCCCUGGCUUCCUACGUCGCCACACGUCCGAAUCCCUACACGGUCAAGUCGCAAAACACCCAGUACUACACCUCGCUGCGAUCCACCGCCCAACCCCUGUCGCUUUCGCCACGGCGUGCGUCGCUCGGAGCGGCCAACGCCAGCAGCACCUCGUCUCCGCAGCUCGACGCGAUCGACAGAGCACACAGCUCGUUCCAGGCAGCGGCAAGAACUCCACGAUGCUAUUCCAAGCCGCACGGCCUCAGCCCCACACUCUGUCCUCAGCUCACCAUGGUCAAGUCCAAGAAGCGUCCCGUCAAAGGGCUCGUGGUGAGAGAGGAGCAAAUGGCUGCGAAACGCACCAGCACCGCCAAACUGUCUCCGGCAGCGAUCAACAAGCGUCAACAGCAUGUUGUUGAAGCUGCAAAGCAUCGCGCCAGAUCUACCGACGCUGCCGUCCAGUCCUCGCCGACCCUUGAUCCCAUGCUCUUGGAGACAGACCCUUUUCGACCCGAGAUGCAUAGUCCCCUGUCGUCUCCCUCGCCCUCGCCAGCGGCCCAGUCACGAUCGCGUGCAACAGCCAGGAUGUCGGUCCCCCGCAUCACCAUCCGCUCUCCCACUCCCGAACUUGAUCCGGAACACCAACGAUUGCUCCAAGCAGAGAGCAGCAGCACGGUCACCAGCGUGGAAGCGCCCGAAACGCCCUUGUACAGCAAGUCACUGCUAGACGGACUGCGAGCCGACGUGAGCCGCGUCGAAGACGACAUAGAUGCGAUUCUGAGCAAGUAUCUCGAGCCGCGUCAGUCGGUGCGAUCGAUCAGCAUCGAGUUUCUCCGAUCGCUCACCUCGUCGGUCUGCCGGCUGCACUCGUACGUCGAAGAUGCGCAUUCGCCGCUCGGAUUUGCCAAGCUGCGCGCCAUCAGUAGCCACCUCUUCCGCCACGCGGUCACCGGCUUUCUCCACCUGCUCGAGGAUCCCAUCGCGCCGUACGAGACCGCCGCCAAUCUUGCGCUGGUGUCGGCCAAGAUCGUGCACGACUUUGACAAGGCUACCGAGCUGUGCUGCCGUCUGCUCGACGUGCCGAGCCAGGGCAAGGAGAAGAUCAACCACGGCAAGCUUUUCGCCAACGUGCUCAACGGCGAGCUUGACAUCGUUCUCGACAGGGGCGAGGCGGCGAUCGACGGCCACAACAAGCUCGCCCUGCCAGGUACGGGUGCACUGUUUUUUGAUGCGCCCAGCUGCGGCAAGGAUGGACUAGAAGCAGGUUCAUUUGCAGGCGGCAGCGCAUGGAAGGGGAGAGCCAGCCUGCGCAAGCAGUGGGCACAGGAAGGCGAGGAGCGCAACCAGUUUGCUGCCAUGGAUGUUGUGAGGUUCGUCGGCGAGCUCGGCGUUCAGGAGGUGGUUACGGUCAGCGUAGUGGCUCGCUGGCUCGACCGUUUCCUCACGCGCACUGCCUACAUCGACAUUCCUUCGGCGUGGGAGAUCGAAUGCGCCUGUGCGCUCCUCAUCACUGUCGGUGCUACGCUCGAUCGUCGAGCCUACCCGAGCUCUCGAUCGAGGAACGCGGGCAAAAGGGAAGGCAGCAAUGCACUGCAGCUGCAAGACGCCGUUGCAAGCUCACCGACAACAGAGAAUCCUGUGCAAGGCGACAAGGCGGCGAUCGAGACCAUGCAAAAGACCAUGGACAGGAUCGACUUUCUCGUCACGCACGCAGACAUCAGCCCCGCCGCACGCGAGUGGCUCAUCGAGGUGGAGCGUCUUCGGGAGAGAGGAUGGAGCCGUGACGACGACGACCACUUGCCCGACAUGUCUUUUUUUAGCAACUGA